AGACACAAAGUCAACCUGGGCUACAUCGUCAAAGUGCAUGAAACAAAUUGCUUUUUGGUCUUAAUUUAAGGGUAGGUUAAGAUUUGGUUAAUGUUAGGGUUACAUUUUAAGAAUAUACUUUUUUUUUAAAUAGGCGGGGUUUAGGACUUUGUGACUGUGGUAACUAGUGACGACUCAUUCUCUUCUAAUGUCAGUCAGAGAAUGAUUUUCUCUGCUCCGAAAUCUGCAGAAUAGAAAGCGUAUGUUGUCGGUUAGCCUGGAAGUAAACUCAACGAGCCUACCUUGUCAUGAGUGUUUUCUGUAGCUUACUCUCGAGAGGACUUCUCUGCGGACGGGCAACAUGUCGGUUUGUAACCGGACAGCAGGAUUUCAGCGGUGGCGUGCUGCGGAUGGCUCGGGCGGUUGGCUCGACCAGCCCUGUGAACCUAACCUAUGACGUGUUUGACGGGACAGGGGACGGCACCCCCCUGGUCUUCCUCCAUGGGCUGUUUGGCAGCAAGUCCAACUUCCACUCUAUAGCUAAGUCCCUGGUGCAGAGGACAGGCCGAAAGGUGCUGACGGUCGACGCCCGUAACCACGGUACCAGCACACACAGCACCGAUCUGACCUAUGAGGCGAUGACCAAUGACUUGACGCACUUGCUUGCCCAGCUGCACAUCGGGAAGUGCGUCCUGAUUGGCCACAGCAUGGGGGGCAAGGUCGCCAUGACUACGGCCCUGUCGCAGCCUGGCCUGGUGGAGAGGUUGGUGGUGGUGGACAUCAGUCCAGCCCAGACCACCACCCGUACCAACUUCCACUCCUACAUCCAGGCCAUGAAGGAUGUGAAGAUCUCUAGCGACAUCCCUCGCUCGACUGCCCGCCGCAUGGCCGAGGACCAGCUACGCAAACUGGUCAAGGAGCGCUCAGUGCGCCAGUUCCUGCUGACCAACCUGGUGGAGCAGAACGGACACUACGCCUGGAGAGUCAACCUGGACGCCAUUGCCGCGCACCUUGAUGACAUCAUGAGCUUCCCUACCUUCGAAACCACAUACGAGGGCCCCACCCUCUUCCUGGGCGGAGCCAGUUCUGCCUACAUCAGUUCUGAGGACUAUCCAGAGAUCCAGCGGUUGUUCCCCUGUGCAGACAUCCAGUACAUCCCAGACGCCAGCCACUGGAUCCACGCAGACAAACCCCUGGACUUCAUCAGCUCCAUCAGCUCCUUCCUGCAGCCCUAACCUACCCUGCUCCAACCCUGUUCACCCACCACCACCUAAUUACUAACCCUACCCUGCUCCAACCCUGUUCACCCACCACCACCUAAUUACUAACCCUACCCUGCUCCAACCCUGUUCACCCACCACCACCUAAUUACUAACCCUACCCUGCUCCAACCCUCUCCACCCACCACCACCUAAUUACAGGACAACCACUGGCCUUUAACAUUAUUCACACUAAUAUGGCACAGCACAAAGCCACUAUUAUCCAAUGGCGGAAAAGAUCAAGCUCCAAAGGGCAUUCUGUGUUGCGAAGGCUCUGAGGGUGUCUGUCACUGCUGUUGCCUAUACUCAUCAAAGUUCAAAUAAUUGUUUGACCUUUCCAACGUAUGUGCGUGGUGUUCUCGCUGUGAGCAAAACGCCUUGUGCGAAUAAUGUGAAAGGCCUGUUAGGCUCCGCCCACUCACACUGUGGUCCACCUCUUCAAAUAGCCAGUAGGUAGAGCUUCAAACCAGAGGAGGCACAGCCAUCUUAGUAGACAAUGCUAAUAUUGCUAACCCUGGACCAAACUCAUUCUUUCUUUCCAUGCUGUUUAUCUUGCGCUUAAAGGAGCUGUAUAGAAUGGAAUGUAUGGAAAAUGCCCUUAAUAUAUCUAUAGUAAUAGUGGAAUGAUAGUGUUUCAUCAUUUUCCUUCCCCAAGAAAGGUUAUUGGGCUCAAACAAAAUUGCAUUCUAAUGGUGCAGCCUUCUUAUUGGUCAACAAAAGACAGACCUUCUCUUGUGAAAUUGACAACGAGUUACAUAUAGCUCCUUUAACCGCCAUAUUGUAAUACAAUCAAGGAUUUGUGUAAAUGUAUUACCGUACUUAAUAUGUAAAUAGUAAGAAAAGUAGGUAGUUGGGUAGUCAGAGGUUGAGAUUAUAUUUAAAGUAGAUAGAUUGACAGUUUGUUUUUAAAUGAGGGAGUUGUUUUAGGUAUGAGUUACUAAUCCAAAGAUCCUCUCGUCAUUGUUGCACAGUACCAUUCUACUCUAAUCAGGUUGAUGUAAAUCAGCAUUGAAGAAAGUCUUCGAGCCAGGUCUUAUAUAGUCUAGUCUGGACAUGUUCUGUAUGUAUCUGGCUACGUCUCAAAUGGCACCCUGUAUCCCAUAUAGUGCACUAGUUAAAGAUGCACUAUGCGGAAACUGCUGUGCCAUUUCCUGGUUUUAAAAAUUCUAAUAGUUUGCCUAAUUUCAGUUUGUGACAAAUAGAAAAGUAUAGUGUAGAGAAUCAUUGUACCAUCUAAACUGCUGUGAAAUAUCUUUUCCAUAACCUAAAAUAUUGUAUUUGUUAGCUGUUUGAAACUGGUGUACAAAUCUGAAAGUAAAAGAUGCAAAAAUUUAACUUAAGCAUAGAAAUAGUGCACAUAGAACAGAUCUACCACUUCUUAGGCUUGCUUUCAAUGAGAGUGACAGAUCUAUAACUCACAUUUUUGUGAAUUUGGUCAGAUCGCCCAAAAAUGUACAUAUUGCAGCUUUAGAAGCAGUGCACUAUGUAGGGAAUAGGGUGUCAUAACAGCCUUAAUACAGUGCACUAUGUAGUCCAGGGAUGUCACUCAUUCCACUGAGUGCCGAGUGUCUGCAGGUUAAGACCUAGACAACCAGGUGAGGGGAGUUCCUUACUAAUUAAUUACCUUAAUUCAUCAAUCAAGUACAAGGGAGGAGUGGUCCUCCGUGGAACGAGUUUGACACGUGUGACGAAGUGCAACAAGGAAAUAGGGUGUCUAAUUUGAGACGAUGCCUGAGAUACAUCGCAGCUCUAGCCCUACAGUAUGGGGAAUAUGGUGUGAUCUGUAAAGCAGCCAGACUCUGGGAUGGGUAGACUAGAGGGGUGAUUCAGCAGGGAGCUUGGCAGAACAGGAGGGUUGGCGAUAUAGAAAUAUAAUCUCAUUCUAGUUCUCUGGUUGUAACCCUGGUUCAUAAUACUAGCUGAGAAGUGAAGCCUGGCCUGAAGACAAGCAAAGCGGAGAGAAUGUAAAGCACAGCUAAAGCAUUAUUUACAAAGCAUCUCGGAGUAGGAGUACUGAUCAAGGAUCAGUGCCCCCCCUGUUUUUGCCUGAUGACUCAAAUUUAAUUAUUCCGCUGCUCUAUCGUUCGCUACAUACUUCAGUCUGACUGCCAUCAUUAACCAGGCAUGUUUCCAUCCAACAUUUUUUUUAUGCGAGUAAAGUACAUGUCGGAUAAAAAAAAUGCCACGAUAGCCUUGAUGGAAAAAGCUAGUUUGUCAGUGAACUUUCCAAAUGUAGACAAAACAAAAUCGCUAGACAAGGUGGGAUCUUUUGGUGUCGUAAAAUGUAUUAUGCGAGAACUGGGGGUCCUCCCAUUACGACUCGGGAAAGCAUGCAGUUUAUUAGGCUUUAUAUGAAAUCAGUUAUGAGAAACUUCACAUGGUGGUGAAAGUGCAAGGUGAUUAGCUUGAUGCUGCUUUCCAAUAAAUAUCGAGGGUCUUAUUCUAGUGACAUGAUGAUUGAUGUUUGGCUGCCGUUUGAAAAAAAAAAAAGAUCUUUCUCUUUAGUCCAUAAUUUAAUCAUGCAGGCCAGUUUUCACCAACCGGUCUAUCUUCAAGGCAUUCCUAGUCGAUCACCAAACAUUUCUGUAGAAGAUCCAACGUUAAAGGCUGUGGUAAAGGCUUGCGCUCCUUUUAAAUUCAUGUUGCGCUGUUGGCGAGAUGUGCGCUUGAUUUGAGAAGCAAAGUUCCCAUUUUUAACCAUUUCAGUUGUCUGAAAAGUUAAACUGGGACCGGGAGAUAUGUGGUUAAAUCGAGUGCGCCUACUUGGGUGGCCAAUCUGAUAUCAAAUCACAGUGCCUACAGAGCUUCCACAACACCAGGCCAUAGCAAGGUUUGAUACUAGUCUAACUUAGAUGUAAUAACUUGUCAAACCAUGACCACAGAGAGACUGUCAAAGAAUACAGCAAAGAGCUGCUCUUUUUAUGAGCGAGUUCAUGUUAAAAAUAUGUAUUCAGCACUAUGCUCAGCUGUGCCUUGCCAGUGCUACACCAACUGAUCUAUUUUGUUAUCAAAUCUCAAGUUUUUAAAUAUUGGCAGGCUAGGCAUAUAGCCGAUAUGCUGUGAUAAUGUAUUAGGCCUACUGCACAAACAUCAUUCUUACAGUACUGUUUUUAUUGGGUUAAUGUUUCAUUUUCUUAAGUCAUGUUAAAAAAAUAAGUAAUCCUGAGCGGUAUCUCAUGUUGCGUUUUGACUGCGAAAGUGAUCUUGACUGAGAAAAGGUUGGUGACCACUGAGCUGUUGACUAAAGCCAAUACCAGAGUGGCCACAUUCGCUAUAUAACGCAACAUUUGUUUGUGACAAAACCAUCAGUAGGCCUAGAGUUGAAAGUGCCAUGGAAACCCAUUUCACUUUUUUAUUCGGUACAUGUGAAUCUGCAAAAGGUAUUUUUAUGUGCACUACAUCACGCACAGCCUUUAAUCCACAAGUCCAUUUGAUGGAAACUCAUCUCUGCAGAUUUAAAUAUUCACAUGAAAAUCUGUCGCCAAUUGGAUGGAAACCUAGCUAUUGAAGUCGUUUGCGAUGAUAUCAAAAUGAGGGGUGUUGUACUAAACAAAGUAAUCAGCGAUUGGCUCAUCCAACCUCUGCUUUAACCGUGUGUGUUCUGGCUCUGGCCCAACCCAUCUGUUUCUGUGACCAAUCAGAACGGUUAGAAUGUUUUUCUGUUCUAGAAAUCGUUGUGGAAGUACUCAGAUUUAGACUCAUUGUGGAGAACAAAUUAACACCCGUGGGUGUGGUGUAGCGUUUGGCUGGAGCAAGGAGCUUGGAUAGCCAGGCAACCCCUGGGGGGGAAAGAAUAUACAUAUAUAUCCUACAUCAGCACUCCUACAAUGCUUUAUGAAUACGGGCCCUAAUUGUUUUAUAUUAGAAGUCUGGACUAAAGACAGGACCUCUCAAGCAGAGGGAAUGUAAAGUACAACUGCAGCUCUGAACCAGAGAUUAGGGUGCUGAUCUAGGAUCAGUUUUGCCUUUUUAGAUCAUAGUGAAUAACAUAUGAACAAAGGGUGAACCUGAUCCUAGAUGAGCACUCCUAGUCUAAGAAGCUUUAUGAAUAAGUGCUCUGGUUCUGUCUGAAAGGACAUGUGGAUUUAGCACCUGAUGUCAGUGAAGGAACAUCUACGGCUCCCCAGGGAGAUCGGGGCUGUUGUGUUGCUGUGUGCAAUCACUUUUAUACAUGGGGUUAAUUUGUGUGUUUUGUGUGUGGUAUGUUACUAAGCCUGUGGGAAUUAGCCAGAAAGGAGAACAAAGGGGUAAAAUGAUUGUUACCGAAUGGAAUAAGACAUUAAGUGAAAGCACACAGUGUAGCUGUGUUAAAGCUGUGUUUUUUUUGGUAUUUUAUCCUCAGCUGGGGGGAAAAGGUGUUGCAAUUGAUGCAAACGCUUAGUAAAUCUGACCCUUAAGUCUUUGGAAUUAAUUUCAGUAUUCUUUUCAAUGAUGUGUAAAGGUAGUUUUUUUGUGUGUCGUACUACUCGAUUACAUGUAGUGUAACAUGUUGUUUUUUGACCUUUUUUAUAGUGCGAUGUCAUUCAGAUAGCUAAAUAGCUACCUUUCUAUGCCAUUUAAGCGCUAAUAAAGCUAUAUCUUUCCAGGUACUGUAUUAUCUCCUGUAUCUCCCAGGUUAGACUCUACAGCAGAGGGGGUCCUACUCUGGUCCUGGGGAAUCUACUGGACCUGCAGGGUUUUGUUCCAGCCCUACACUAACACACUCGGGGUCCUGACUCCCAACACUAACACCUUAUUCAACUAAUCAAGUUCCAGACAGAAGACCAUGAAUAGUUGAUUACUUGAAACUGGUGUGUUAGUGCAGGGUUAGAACAAAAGCCUUCACUCUCUAGGACUGGAGUUGGAAAACCCAAUGCUCUACACUGGGUAAUAUUCUCUACUCUUCUGUGUUGUGAGUGGCCAUUUUGUAAAAAUGAACUGUGUACUCUGUUGUUUGUGAUAAUCUACUAGCGUCUGUUUCAAUGGUCAUUUAUUCAAGUAUAUGAAUCACUUUAACUCUGUAGACGAAGGCUGCAUUUACACAGGCAGCCCAAUUCUGAUAUUACGCUGCUAAUGUCGUUUGACCAAUCAGAUGUUUUGGCAAAAUAGCAGAAUUGGGCUGCCAUGUUUUAGUGUUUAUGGGUAUGUCAGAUAUGCUGCAAAAUAAUCUCUAACUCAUAUUGUUCUUAAUCUUAUCAGAUUUCCUCUGUGGUCAGGUUUGUUCUUCAGUGAAAUGUUUUGGUGCUUGUGUGUAUGGGGAAAAGUACAAUCAAACAGUGAUACUGCAGCUCAGUAAGUCUGUCUGCCUCUGAGGCUUUUUUUUCUUUUCAUCUCUGUAAAAUUUGUAACAAGUUUUCCGCAGUUAACCAGCAGCUCUGAGACUGGUCUCCGUGUUGCCAGUUAUGUAUAUUUUAUCACAGGGACUUAUAGCCCCAAAAGGGUUCUAGUGUGUUUAUAAUUUUUGUAGUUGAAAGUUAAACAAAAAGUGUACUCCGUUGGAUGCCAGGUUUGAAUAACUAAAGAUAUCAGAAUGGUUUGUGUUGAACUAGCUUACCCUUGUUUUAACUAAAAUAGUUUGGUGGUUGAGUAGCUAGGCAAUCCCCUACUAAUCAUACUCAGACCCCAGGGUUCAUAUUGGCUUUCUGUUGGUCAAGAAUGUGUCUAUUGAACCUGGGUUGAUGGGGUUUGCACUUUUGGGACCAUUCCAUUGGUUCCAUUAACACUGUACAAGCUCAAUCAAGCGCACACCUAAAGUAAACCAAUACUAUUUUAACCCCGUUAUGAGGUGAAAUGUUGGUCAAUUUCAACACGGCUAAAUAAAACAAACAGUAAUUUAGUCUAUUUUACUACGAGCAUGCCUUCUCUUGUUCAGUUGUCGAUAGGCCUAUGCAUUUUAACUUUGCCACAGUAACGUUCAUUCGAUGUCAUGUAGUUGUGAGAUACAUUGGGUGAAUAAUUGAGAUAUUAAAUUAUGUAUUACUGAUGUAUAUUAAAAUUGAAGGGGAAAAAACA